CAUUUGAAAUCUUCACCACAGUCUUGCAGUAUUAUCAGCUGAUCCUAUUCAGUGUGAAAUAAUCUGAUUUGUGUGUUAAUUCUACAUCAGCUUAUUCACAGCACACUGCAUGCACGUAUACAUGUGCAUGCCAGUGGUUCCCCAAAGACCAAAGUACAAUAACUGUAUUUGUGACAUGUCAGCAGCCAGCAGAUUCUCUCCUAUGUUGACUUCAACAAACACUGGCUGGGAAGCAGCUGCUUGCGCGAGAGGGGAAUAAUAACUGGAGGGAACUGUCAUCUGUGCAUCUGUGCUCUCUUUACAUAUACUAUAUUUUAGAAACAGGGCACUCCAGUCUUCAUCAUGAAAUCUCCACACUUCUCAUCUAGGGAAGGAAAAAAAAUUGCUUGAUCAUGAGUCAAAAUGAGGAAGAAAGCUGAUUGGAUGAGUAAAGGGUUUGGGAGCUUAGCCAAUUAGGCUGAUUAGUAGGAGGUUACUAGACUGAAUGUGCACAGACCCUUAGUCGAUUCACAGAGCGGUGGAGGAUCACUUAGUUUUGAACAAUUUUAUUUGUCACAGUCAUCACUGGACACAUAAUAUGGUUUUGUUUGACGGCAAAAGAUGCUACUCAGGUAGUGAGGCAGAUUUUAGCUCCUCCAGCAGCACAGGCAGCCUAAAGGCCAGGGAGAGCCUCUGCUCCGUUUCAGCUGGAAAGAGAGUUUCUUCACGCAGUCGCAGCACUCACAUCAGACCGCUCCCAGUGUUCAAACCAGCCGGGAGCCCUACAGCCAACCGCGACGCAGAGCUCUACGCUCCCUACAGGACUCCCCCUAGAGCUGCCUCCUCAACCAACAGCAGCAGCUGUAACUCCAGCCCCACCUCCAGAAGAGCGAAUCUGGGACGCUACCACUCCUGUGGGGACAACCAUGGAAUCAGACCCCCGAACCCGGAGCAGUAUCUCACCCCUCUGCAGCAGAAGGAAGUGGCCAUCAGACACCUGAAGACCAAACUGAUGGAGUCUGAGAACAGAGUCCGUGACAGAGAGACAGAGGUGGAGGAGCUGAAGGCUCAGCUUGGCAGAAUGAGGGAAGACUGGAUUGAAGAGGAGUGUCACCGGGUGGAGGCUCAGCUGUCCCUCAAAGAGGCUCGCAAAGAGAUCAAGCAGCUGCGUCAGGUGGUGGAAACAAUGAAGAGCAGCCUGAUGGAGAAGGAUAAGGGAAUACAGAAGUAUUUCAUUGACAUCAACAUCCAGAACAGGAAGUUGGAGUCCCUGCUGCAAAGCAUGGAGCUUGCCCAGAGUGGCACCAACCUCCAAGACGAAAACACCUUGGACUUCAUCUGUGACAGCCCUGAUAGUGGUGGGAAGAAGAUGGUGGGGGAGGAGGAGGGUGGGAUGGAGCUGGGAACUCAAGGGGCGGAGGCGAUGGCGGACAGCGGGCUGCUGGUAAAUGACGAGAUGGCCAACAGAGCAGACAUUUUGGAGCAGGUCUUUAUGUCCACUGCGGUAGAUUUUUGUCAGGACUCUAGCGGCAAGCUGUGCGCAGGGACAGAGAAUGGGCCUGGGGUGUCUGCACUUUCAGAAGAGGGACAGUCAAUUGAUCAAUCUACUGCACCCCCACCAGCUCCACCAGACACAGUUUCCACCACCCUCACCGUCUCCUCGAGCCCACUUUCACAGCAAAACACAGAAGAUAAAGAAAUCCAGACCGACAUAAUGCCCAUGUCUCCAGACCUGCAGGCUCUGCUCCUCCAGCUGCUCAAGUUCCAUGGGGCCACAGCGGGGGACACAGCUCUGUCAGCCUCCAGCAGUCUUCUAGGUUUCCCUAACCCACCCACCUCCACUUCCACCACUGCUGCCAAUCUCCCCAACUCAACACCUCCCCCAUCCACCAUGCCCAGUCCUGCUCCCCCAGAAAGCCCCGACACCUCCACAGAUUCCGGCAUGUGCUGCUAUGAACCUGCCGAGAGCCGACGGUUCAUGGAGGAGCUGGAUUUUAGCGUCGGUGAAGAGGAGCCUUGUCUGUCACCGGGACUGGAUGUGGUCAGCAAGCGUUACUGGAGCAACAGCUUCCUGGUGGAUCUGGUCGCAGUGGCAGCCCCGGUGCUACCCACGGUGGCAUGGCUGUACUCGCGGCAUGGUGUGGAUGGAAGCGCUCCGGUGUACAACAUCGCUGCUCUUAUCAGGGGCUGUUGCAUCAUGGGAUUGCACUCUCUUCGUCAUGUUGCUGACAGGCCGGAUGCGUAAAGGCUUCCACCUCGCAUGCACACGCCUAACCUUGAACUAAAAGCACUUAAGCAUCUUUUCAAGAGUAUUCGUGAGAUGUGUUGCAUUUUUGUUGAACACUUGAUGAUAUCAAUGCAGUUAUUUUGGUUCCAACACUGUUACUUUGCACUGUACAGUUACCAUGAUUGAAGCAAAAUGGUGACAUGAAAGGGAUUAUUUAUGAAGGGGGUUAUUUAUGUAUUUAUUUAUCAUUUACAUGUAUAAGCUGAUCAUCUGGGUAGAUGGUUAUGUGUUAUCAUCAUCCUGUGGUGUCCCUGGUUGUCCCCUUGUUUAAAAAACUUCUUUAUGUUACGAUGAGAUUUGUAGGAGUUGAAAGAUUGAAUGUUAGUGUUUGUUUGAUGGGUUCGAAAACGGAGUUAUUGUUCAAAAAGAAACCUUAAACCUUCAGCCAAAGCUUUAAUGUGAGUUCACUGUUUUGUUUUGUGAAGAAGUAUAUAUUUUUUUCCUCCCUGGGAGUAGAGCUUUAUUCUGUACAGCCUGUGUAUUGUUCAUAGAAUAAGUUGAUGCUUCAAAGCAACUGACACUUGUUAUGUGCCUGAGCUAUGUGCAAUACUGGUGGUUUACAUCCAAUGUCCUUGUAUCUUUAUUAUUAAAGCAUGAUAAAUUCCG